AUGGCGUCAACGGUGACAGCCACCGAGCCGCUCCUCCUCCGGCAGCAGCAGUGCCACCGUCCGACGGCCAACCGCGCCAGCAGACUCACCGUCAUGGCAGCGACAGUGCUGGCCCUGCUCUUGCUGCUAACGCCUGCAUCCGGCCAUCUCCACCUUGGGCUGUUCUCCCGGGCGGCGGCCGAGCCUCCUGUCAACCUGACAAUCGUCGCCGGCGCCGCAGAGAAGGGAGCCGUGUGCUUGGACGGGACCCCGCCGGGAUACCACCUGCAGAGAGGCUCCGGCGACGGGUCCAACAGCUGGAUCAUCCAUCUACAGGGGGGAGCCUGGUGCGGCACACUCAAGGAUUGCUACGACCGCAGCAUGACUGACCUCGGUUCGUCAAGUUUCAUGAAACCGGUGAUGUUCGCCGGUGCUGGGAUCUUUGAUGGUGAUCAGCUGCAGAAUCCUAAUUUCUACAACUGGAACAAGGUAUAUGCGCGGUAUUGCGAUGGGGCAUCAUUCUCUGGGGAUGGCGAAGGCCAAUCUGAGAAUGGAGCCACACUCCACUUCAGAGGAUUGCGCAUCUAUGAAGCGAUUAUUGAUGAACUCAUGGAUAAAGGACUCAACAAUGCUACACAGGCUAUCCUUACAGGCUGUUCUGCCGGUGGUCUAUCCACACUUCUACAUUGCGACGAUUUUAGUGCACGUUUUUCGCAGGAGGUUUCAGUUAAAUGCCUUGCUGAUGCUGGGUUUUUUCUUGACGUGAAGGAUAUAUCUGGAAAAAGGUCCUUUUGGGCUGUUUAUGAUGAAGUUGUUAGCCUCCAGAAUGUCCGAGAGGUGUUGCCCAAGGAUUGCCUUGCCUACAACGAGCCAACCCAGUGUUUCUUCCCGGCUGAGCUUAUCAAGAGCAUUCACACACCCACGUUUAUUCUGAACUCCGGGUAUGAUUCGUGGCAGAUACAAAAUGUUCUUGUACCGGAUUCAUCGGCUCCUGACGAGUCUUGGUCGAGUUGCAAGGAUAAUAUCCAAAACUGCAACUCCACACAAAUUGAUAUUCUUGAUGGGUUCAAGAACACGAUGGUGGAUGCUCUGAAGGUUACCGGAGAUAAGGAGGACUGGGGGUUGUUCAUCGAUUCGUGUUUCACUCACUGCCAGACACUCUCCGAUGUCUCCUGGAAUUCAGCAGUCUCCCCGAGGCUUGGAAACAAGACCAUUUCAGAGGCUGUUGGAGAUUGGCACCAUGGAAGGAGAGUCAAAGAGAUUGACUGUGAUUAUCCGUGCAACCCAACAUGCAAUAUUGCCUCUAUGAUCCAUUGUUAUUAA